AUGGCGACUCGUCACCGGAGUCCGGAUGAGCUCCUGCGUGCUGUAGAGCAACACCAGGAGCAGUACCUCCGCAGCCUCAGAGCCCUGCACGAAUCCAUGUUCGCCGUCCGCCAGAGGACCAACAGUGGCGGGCUGAAGAUGGAACGCACGGGCAGCAAUGAUAUUGCCUCGGGCUCUCCCACGCUCGCCGCUCUCCAUGGGCCUCCUUCACCCUUGCCGCCACCCGCCCACACCUCGACCGGACUGAGCACUUCGUCUCUUCAGUCCGGAGGCCACAAGCGGGGACGACGGCGGACGAACGAGCUCGGCGACCCGGCCAUGGCCCUGGCCGCCGUCGGCGAGAAGAAGAACAUACCCGUCUCGCUCUAUGAGGCAGACUCGGAUGUGGACGAUGAUGAUGUAGCUUUUAUCCCGCUCUUGCCACCGUCGCAGUCCACUGCCAUUCCCGAGUACAAGGUUCCGUCUGUGCAGCGUCCAUUGCCCGCCUAUGCGCUGACUGAAGAUGAAUUGGACUUGCACUUUGACCACAUCGAAAUGUCCCCCCAGACGGAGAUCUGGAGGAAGAGACAAGACAUGGCUAUGCCCGACGUUUUCCGUGACCUUUCUUUACACUCGGACGAUGCCGACCUAUACAAGAAUGCCACAUAUGAAGUCUACGAUGUUGGACGAGAGGCUUUCCCCAACGCACUACAUGACAACCGAGGCAACGCGGACAAUGAGACGCUCGAAGCACGCGAUGUGUGGAAUACUCUCAAAGAAGUCAACACGCACGGCGAUGCUGUUGGAAGAAUGACCAUCCUACAAGAACCAUCUCCUGCCAUACUCGGCAUCGCGCAUGCAACCCUGAGCCGGCACUUUGAUAUGAACGAGCUUUAUCAGCAUCUUAUCACGACCGAGGGCAACAAGGGCAGGACUAAGGCUUACAUGAACCGGCUCUUUGAGCCCGAUCCCAUCAAACGGCAAACCUUCUUCUUCGUCUUCAAAUACUACACCGUCGUCAACCCAGGAGUCGCGCCCUCCCCCUGGCAGCACUACGACUACAGGCCUCCCGACCGGAAGUCCAUUGAUCAUAUUGACAUCGCAGAGUGCAGCUCCGUGCUCGCGCUUGCCCUCAUCGGCCCGACGAUCAAGGAGAUACACCUGAGGAGCCGGAAAAGAAAGCCCGUGCAGAUCGGGCACGUCUCAGACCCGUUUGCGCCGUGGCAUCUACUCAAUAUCCAAUGCUUCCCUGACGACCGGCACUCGAUCAGAGUAGAGGACGCCAACCGACCGCUCUACUCGGGCCCGUAUGCCUUUCUCGACGCGCUGGCGUCGGAGUACAAGGAUGCCGUCAAGCGCAACAUGCAGCUCAAUGAACUCAUUACUGGGCUGAUAACACCUCCGAAUCAGUUCAUCUUUGAUGUCAAGUUGCGAGACAAGCUGCUGUUCGAGGACAAGGACUUUACCUACUCGCGCAGAUAUUUCUGGGCCUACAACUCGCUGGGCGUCAUCAAUGACGGCAUCAAGGCCAUGAGGGAUGCGUACACCGACACGUUCAACGACGACUUCUGGACGGGUCGGCACCAGACGCUGUGGCCCCUGUUGGAGCUGUCUUCGACCGAGUCGCUCAACUACCUCGACAAGCUGAGCAGCUUGAGGUACGAGCUCAACAAGGCCGUGGAGGACUUGGAAAAGGUCCAGUUCAAGAAUGAGCGCCUGCGCAAGGAGAUCAUGAGUCUUAGGGAGCAACUCUUCUCUGGCAGCAGCGUCAAGGAGAGCCGGCGGGCGAUCGAGCAGGGAGACAACAUCAAGAUACUCACAAUGAUCUCGAUGAUCUUUUUGCCGCUGACGUUUGUCACCUCCGUGUUCGGCAUUACAGAAUUCCACUACUCGGCCGAGGACUGGCGCUUUCCCGUCGUGAUGGUCUGCGUUUGCGUUCCCUUCUUCGUCUUUGUCGUUCUCCUGCAGACACGCGCCGGCAUGGGCGCGCUGAAGAGAGUCGGGCACGCCUUUGACGGCCUGUUCACGGGCGACCGGGUGCGGAACCGCCGCGAGAGGCGGAUGCAGCAGCUCGCCCUCGAGGCGCAGCAGAUCCAGGCGGCAGCACAGAGCAAGGACGACGUCGCCUCGGUCAGGGCGGGCCGGAGGAGGGCGAGCGUGUUCCGCGCUCGGUAUCCGCGCAGGGGCCGGCGCGGGGCGAGUGCUGGAGCCGGAGCCGGAGCCGGAGCUGACGAAGGGCGGAGUGUGAGAGCGAGCAGCGUGAAGCGGUGGUGGAGGUGGAGUCGGCAGGGGAGAGAGAAGAUGCGGGCUAUGGAGGAGGGUGGUGUGUAA